UAAUGACCGGUCAAGCGUCAUCUGAUCAUUGUUACAACCGAGUUGCCAUAGUAACAUGGCAACAAACAUCUAACUUUUCAGGCAUCAAUAAAUCACACAAAAUGUUUAUUUAUCUCAGCAAGAAGAUUGCCAUUCCCAACAACACCAAAAUCAACGCAAUCGCUUGGAACAAAGAAGAUGGUUACAUAGCGGUUGGGGGCGAAGAUGGUUUACUCAAAGUACUGAAACUGGACGCAGGGGGUGAAAAUGAAACUGGAAUUAAAACAAGAGGACUUGCCGCCUCCAGUAAUUUAUCAAUGAAUCAGACUUUGGAAGGCCACACUGAAAGCAUUCAAGUGUUAGUGUGGAACGAAGCGCACAAAAAACUCACCACUAGUGACCAAAAUGGCGUAAUUAUAGUAUGGAUGAUGUAUAAAGGUGCUUGGUAUGAAGAAAUGAUCAACAAUAGGAAAAAGUCCACGGUUGUGGGUAUGGCGUGGAGCGCCGAUGGUUUAAAAAUCUGUAUAGUAUAUGAAGAUGGCGCCGUGAUUGUUGGUUCUGUGGAAGGUAACAGGAUUUGGGGAAGAGAACUCAAAAAUGUGUAUCUAUCGGGUGUGCAAUGGUCACCUGAUGGUAAACUACUGUUAUUCAGUCUUAAAAACGGCCAGGUACACUUGUAUGACAACGAAGGCAAUUUUAUUAUGCAAAUUGAAAUCUUUUGUAAUGAAGUUACUUUAGAGCUGAUACCAGUGGUUGGUCUUGAUUGGUACAAUGGACAAAAUGGCCACAUGCACGCGCUUUGUCCCAAUUUAGCUAUAUGUUAUGAAAACGGUCGUGCUCAGAUCAUGCGCAAUGAGAGUGACAUAAAUCCUGUUAUUUUGGACACAAGAAUGAUAGCAGUGCACUGUAGUUGGAACCACAAUGGUUCACUAUUAGCAGUAGCAGGCCGACAAUACAACGACGAAAAAGAAGUCAAUUUAGUCCAAUUUUACAACCCUUUCGGCGAGCACUUACGCACACUCAAAGUACCAGGAAACUCGAUUUCUUGUUGUGUAUGGGAGGGUGGGUCGUUGCGGGUGGCCCUCGCUGUUGACUCGUUCGUCUACUUCGCUAACAUCCGUCCAGAUUAUAAGUGGUGCUAUUUCAAAAAAACCGUAGUUUUUACGUGUUGUAGACCCCAAAGACCGGGAAUUUGUGUGUCGUUUUGGGAUAUUAGUAACAACCAGUGUCACAGUGUUUAUGUACCAAUACUGUUGGCGCUAGAUGGAUUUGGUGACCAUUGUGUGUUGGUAACACGAUCAGAAGCAGACGAAGCCCCUGGUCAGUAUGGUUUGAUCCUUUGCAAUACACUGGGCACUGCUGUAGACGGUAAAUAUGUCGAUAUAGAACCAAUCGCGGUUACAAUGAACUCGUUACAUGUCAUUGUAACGUCAAAAAACAAUUUCAUAGUGUGGCAAUACAAAACACCUAAAUCUUCUCCUGUCACUGGAAAUCGUGCGAAAUGUACUAUGUUUCACAUCGACGAUAACCCCACAGGCGCUGUUGAAGUUAUCCAAGACUUGGAACACUUAGACAAGAUUCCUACAAGCACUCACCAGUCUGUAGAUCCCGCUUGUUGUAUAACAUGUACAGAUAAGUGUCUAAUUAUCGGUCGCGAGUCGGGAUUAUUACAGUAUUAUGCUUUACCCCACGUCGUACUAACAAAUAAAUAUAAAAUCGCAAGUAGGCCUCACAAAAUCGCCAUAAAUUGUAACUCAACACGUUUGUCUGUGAUUGAUGUAGCUGGCAUUAUGACAGUUCUUGAUAUAUCUGACGCCGUCGGACGUCCAUCUACCAACACCGACGGUAACAAACUGGAACGUAAAGACGUCUGGGCGAUGUGUUGGGCGUCAGACAACCCUCAAUUACUUGCCAUCAUGGAAAAAACCAGAAUGUACAUAUUCAAGGGGAUAUAUCCAGAGGAACCUGUGUCCUGCUCUGGCUACAUCUGCAGUUUUAACGAUCUAGAGAUUCAAGCUGUACUUCUGGACGAAAUCAUGGAAUCGCCAGAGCGCCCCAGCAACAAAGACCACUUAAUCAAACUCGAAGUAAAAAGUCUGCGCGAUACGAGACAACUCCUAGAGAAGGUUGGCAUCAAUGAAGCGUCACUUUUCAUUGAAGAAAACCCACACCCGAGACUCUGGCGGUUAUUAGCAGAAGCCGCUUUGAAGGAGAUGAAUCUACCGAUGGCGGAAUCCGCGUUCGUGCGAUCACGCGAUUAUUCCAAGCUUCUCUUCGUCAAAAAAUUAAAAGAUAUUAAUUCUGAAGCGAUUAGGAAGGCCCGCGUUGCCACCUAUCUUAAAAAUUUUGACGAAGCGGAGAAGAUUUACAUGGAAGCGGACCGCAGCGACCUCGCCUUAAAUUUGAGACAAAUCUUAGGCGACUGGUUUAGGGUGAUACAAAUUUUGAAAAACGGGGCUUCAGCUCCGGAUUAUUUGCUCAAGACGGCGUACAAUUCCACGGCGGAAUAUUUUGUCCAUUUUAAUAACUGGGCUACCGCAGUCGAGUAUUACGAACUGGCAGGAAACACUGAAGAGAUGAUUGAGUGUUACUUUCAGUUAGAAGAUUAUAAAAAACUCGAGUCGUUUAUCCAGAUUUUACAAGAAGGCGACCCUCUUUUGAAAAAAAUUGGUGAUAUGUUUGCCAUAAAUGCUGUUAAUUCGGAGGCGGUUCAGGCUUAUUGCAAAUUUGGAAAUGUUAACGCGGCUAUCGACUUAUGCAUUUUACAUAAUAGGUGGAACAUGGCGAUCGAUUUAGCUAAAAAAUUCAACAUCACUAAAAUUUCCGAUUUAUUUAUUAAAUAUACUUCCCAUUUGGAAGAGCAGGGGUCGCUUUUUGCGGCAAUUGAUGUUAAUAUUCAAGCUAAGUUUUAUUUGCACGCAGCGGAACACGCAUACAAGUUAGCCGAUCAGGAAAGUCAGAAGUCAAACAAAAAUGUUUUAAGGAUAAAAAAACACUACGUUUAUGCAGCUCGAUUGCUUCAAAUGCAUAAGAAAAAUCCAAAUCCGGCGGAGUGGGCUUCGGACCCCAUGAUUUACGAAAACGCGUGGAAAGGGGCGGAGGCCUAUCACUAUUACAUGCUCGCCCAGGAACAACUAUACAGUGGUAAACUUCAUGACGCUUUAUGUACUGCGUACAAACUUCAAGAUUACGUCAAUUAUAUACGUCCCAUUGACGUGUAUUCAUUGCUAGCUUUGACGGCUUGUUUGGACCGAUCUUUCGGAGUUUGUUCAAAGGCGCUUAUAAAACUUAAAACUUUACCAGAAUUAAGUCAGACAACUAGAAGUCACUACAUAAAACUUGCAUGGGACAUAUUUACAAAAAAUGAGCCUAAAGACUUAAGACACAAUAAACUAAAAUGCUCUAACUGUCAACACUUUGUAUCUGAUUGGAGAACUAGAUGUCCCAAGUGCAAAAUCCAUUUUCCCACGUGUAUUGCUUCUGGAAAAUCGAUCAUUGAAGAACUAAGCCAGACAUGGCUUUGUCCUCAGUGUCAUCAUCCAGCUUUCGAGUCCCAAAUGACUUUCCAGAAUGCUUGUCUACUUUGUCAUGCAAAUAAAUAAACUUUAGUACCUUU